UACAAUAUUUCGUUCGUUUCGUAUAUCCCCGCAUUAAGCUGACACUCGAGAGCGAAAAAGUUGAAUUCCAAAAUUUUAGUUUCGUGUCGGAUGCAGUGUGGUUCGUUCAUGAAAUUGUGUCGACCUCGCAAAACGGUGGCUAAAAAAAAAGUGAAAAAUACACAAAAAAAAAAAAAUAAAAAAUGGUGUCCUUAGAGGUUUUUUCUUCUAAAUUUUACUUGAAUCCUUAAAAAUAUAUAUUACAUAAAUUUGCAAUCAAAAUUCUAAAAUAUCCUUUUGACAAAAAAUUUGAAAAAGGAAAAAAAAAUUUUAGACGAAAUAUCAAAGUGAAUUAUCCUACAAAACCAUGGGAACUUAUCCUGUAUAAUUAAGAAAAAAAAUCAAAUUUACAACUUCAAAAAGUAUAUUUUGAAAAUUUAUUAUCCUUUUUGUUAAAAAAUUUGUGAAGAAAAUCCAAAAUUUUAGAUAAAAUUUUGUGUGUGAAAAAAAUGUCGGAAAAAAAAUCAUAUACAUGCAAUUGAUUUCUGUGAAAAAAGCUCUCAUCCUGUGUACGCGGGGGGGACACACGGGACAGACACACACAGUGUAGAGUAGAGUAGAGGAUCAAAAAAGGCCAAUAAAUAUAUACUCCUUGCUCUCCUUGUGCAUACAAAAAAAAAAACGGAUAUCCCGAAUAAGACAAAAAACAACAAAAAAAAAAAAACCAUCAACAUGAUAGUGAGAAGAAUUAUAAUAUAGCAACUUUUCAGGAUACCAAAUAAUGAAACAUGCAUUCUUUCGCAAAAUUACAGCUAAAAGAAAAUUUUUAAAAAAGCUUUUCUCCUAAAGCUUUCCAUCCACCAUCUUCAUCUCCUCCACAUAUGACCCUUACUAAUUGAAUUAAAAAAAAAAAACAUAAAACUCCAAAAAUCUAUGAAAAGCUAUCUUUUUCAAAAACAGCUAAUUUGAGUUCAAAAACAACCGUUUUCAACUUAAAAAAACGCACAAAAAAAACAAAAACAACAACUCAAUAGAAACUAUUAUACGCACGAAAGCUUUUUUUGAAAGCUUUCGCUUGAUUAAUAGGUUUUUGAGAUUUUUUUUUCUUGAUUUUUUUUUUUUGUAUUCUUGUGUUCAUUAUUUUUGAGUGAGUGAAACGGAGUGACGAAAAUUUUUACACUGGUGAGAGGAGCAGAUAUAGACUCUACUUACCAUCGACGACACUCUACCAGUGACCGCGAAUGGUGUGAAUAGCGAGCGCUAUCGAAAAAAAAAAAAAAGUUCGAAAUCGAAAUCUAAAAUGGCGGCUCUGUGUGUGCCGAGGAAAAAGUUCCUCCUUCAGCCUGAUGGUGCUGCUGCCGACAUCGACACAAUAAAGCCAUCGUCACCAUCGUCAGUGUCGUCCCUGUCCACAAAUACAAUUGUUGUUGGUAGAAAAUAUCGUAGUAAUUGUAGUAGCGAGCGUUUUCCAUCUAAACUUCAAUUAAACUUGAGUCCUCGUAGUACAAAUGGUGUCCUUGUUAGCGGUGACGGUGGUGGUGAUUGUGAUGUUGGUAAUGGUGAUGGUUAUGGCUAUGGCGGCGUCAUCAUCAGUAACAGCAAGGAUAAUGAUGAAAAACAUAAAAACAACAACAACAACAACAACAAAAAUAUAAACAACAACAACUUAAAACAUAGGUCAGUACGAUUACGUGCGGCUGCUGAUAGUAGAAGCAAUAAUCGUGAAAAAAUCGUCAACUUUAUAAAAAAUACGAGUGUUUUUGAAAUUCCGCCGUUUCCGCGUUUGACUAUGUUGCAAUUGAUUACAUUCGGGCUGAUACUGCAGCUGGGUUUACUAUCAACGGUUUGUGGAGCGUUUCAAUUGGACGGUUCGCAAAGUUCGUUUGCUCAAUUUCGAAAAUGGUAUACGGGUCUGAAUGGUUCGCUAGAAUUGGAAUUUAAAACCGAACAGCCAAAUGGGUUGGUGCUGUACACUGACGAUGGGGGGACUUAUGACUUUUUCGAGUUGAAACUUGUGGAGGGGGCAUUGCGUUUGCGAUAUAAUUUGGGAGGUGGUGCUCAAAUUAUAACUGUGGGACGAGAAUUGCAUGAUGGACAUUGGCAUAAAGUUCAGGUACUACGAAACGAUGAACAAACUACUCUGGUGGUUGAUGGGGUCUCCCAAAGCCGUUCGUCCAGGGGCAAGGAAUUUCAAUUUGGCAAGUUUGCAACAAAUUCGGAUGUGUAUGUUGGGGGAAUGCCAAACUGGUACAACUCAAAACUGGCUCUUCUUGCUCUACCAAGUGUGAUCUUUGAGCCAAGAUUUCGGGGUUCCAUUCGUAAUUUGGUGUAUGCCGAUCAACCAGGAGUAGUCACCAGGCGACAAGAAAUGAAACAAGCCCGAGAUAUUAAGUGUGGCGAUGGACCAUGUGAUCACUCUGAAUUGCCCAGAGAAAAGGUCACUAGGGUACGUAAUUAUGGUUUACGUGGUGGAAAUAUGACAGAUGCUUGUGAAAGAAAUGAUCCAUGCCAACAUGGUGGAAUAUGCAUAUCAACAGAUUCUGGUCCAAUAUGUGAAUGCAGAAAUUUAGAAUUCGAAGGACAAUAUUGUGAAAAAGAAAAAGCUCCUUCAGAAGCCACGUUUCGAGGGACCCAAUUUCUUUCGUAUGAUUUGGGACAAACCGGAGCCGAACCGAUAGUCAGCGCACAAGAUGCUAUAACCCUAUACUUUCGAACACGCCAGCCAAAUGGACUACUCUUUUAUACAGGACAUGGAACUGACUACCUUAAUCUAGCCCUCCGCGAUGGAGGUGUUUCUUUAACAAUGGGACUAGCUAAUGGCAAACAAGAAAUGCAUAUCAAACCUUCAAAAGUACGAUUUGAUGAUCAUCAAUGGCAUAAAGUUACUGUUCAUAGAAGAAUACAAGAGAUAUCAUCCAUAACAAGUUUCUGCAGGCUGGUAACAGUUGUUGAUGAUGUUUACACCGAUCAUUCUCAUAUCGCUGGUAAAUUUACAAUGUUAUCAUCGUCACGGGUUUAUGUUGGUGGAGCUGUUAAUCCUAGAGCUUUAUUAGGUGCAAGAGUUCAUAAUAAUUUUGUUGGAUGUUUACGAAAGGUGGAAUUUUCAGCUGAUACACUUUGUUUAAAUCUCAUUGAUUUGGCAAAAAGUGGUUCGAAAUUAAUUCAAAUUGCUGGCAACUUGGAAUAUCAAUGUCCUCUAGGUGAUCCACAGGAUCCUGUCACAUUUACAACAAGAGAAUCUCAUUUGGUUCUUCCACCAUGGGAAACUGGUAAACAAAGUUCCAUUUCGUUUAAAUUUCGAACGAAAGAACCAAAUGGUCUUCUUAUUCUUACCACCGGAUCACGUCCACCCAGAGCUAAGAAUGUAAGUCAAGCUGUUCUUUUUGCCGUCGAACUACUCAAUGGGCAUAUUUACAUUCACUUGGACCUCGGAUCAGGGGCCGCUAAAGUUCGAGCAUCACGAAGACGAGUGGAUGACGGUGACUGGCAUGAUCUAAUUCUUCGUCGAAACGGUAGGGACGCAAAGGUUAGUGUUGAUGGGGUUUGGAACGAGUUCAGAACUCCCGGGGAUGCAACUAUUCUUGAACUGGACGGGCCAAUGUAUGUCGGCGGAACUGGACCAAUCUACAGCACUACUAUUUGGCCUUCGGCAAUAUGGACAGCGACUUUGCGACAAGGCUUCGUCGGCUGUCUUCGGGAUUUGGUACUCACUGGAAAAGCUAUUGAUAUAGCAGCCUUUGCUAGACAGCAAGAUUCAGCUUCGGUAAAACCAUCUUGUCACGUCCAAGCGAAUGUCUGCACUGGGAACCCAUGUCUAAAUGGAGGAACUUGUACGGAAGGAUGGAACCGGCCGAUCUGUGAUUGCUCAGCAACCCUCUACACUGGACCGACUUGUGGAAGAGAAUCAGCAACGUUGGCUUUUAAUGGUAGCCAACACAUGACCAUUUGGUUGGGUAAUGGUCAAGGUACAAAAACUCAAACCGAAGAAUUGAUACUUCGGUUCAAGACAGCUCGCCCAGUGGGCCUGCUCUUGCUCACUAGCGCCGAGUCUAAUUCGCCAGAUCGAUUAGAAAUAGCUCUUGUUGCGGGACGAAUUCGUGCCAGUGUGCGACUGAGUGAUCGAGAAAAGAAUCUUCUUGCUGGCCAGUCAGUUUUGAACGAUAACAACUGGCAUACAAUUCGUUUCUCGCGCAGAGCUUCCAAUUUAAGGCUACAAGUUGACGGGGCUCCCCCCGUCAGGGGUAUGUUAUCUGAAACAAUAUUGGGACGACACAGUACAAUGGAAAUAAGAUCAAUUCAUCUUGGUGGACUAUUUCAUGCUGAAGAAGAAAUCCAAAUGACAUCGACAAUGCCGAAUUUUAUUGGACAAAUGCAAGGAUUUGUUUAUAAUGGUCAUAGAUACAUUGAUAUUGUUAACAAUCUCGGUCCUGAACUAUCCGCAUUACCAACAACAACAUUCAAACUAACAGCACGCUUUGUCAAUUCACCGCCCGGCAAUCCAUAUCAUGCAGCAACGUUUCGUUCCAAGCAUUCAUACGUAGGCCUCCCAAUGUUAAAAGCCUACGCCACGAUUUCAAUAGAUUUCAGAUUCAAAACGGUCGAACCGAACGGCCUGCUUCUGUACAACGGUGGAAGGCGUAAUGAUUUCGUGUCCAUUGAACUCGUAAAUGGUCACAUUCACUACACCUUCGAUUUGGGUGAUGGGCCGGUAACGAUUCGUGACAAGUCCAGAAUUCACAUGAACGACAACCGAUGGCAUUCGGUUAGUAUAAGACGUCCCGGCCCCAAAACCCACACCCUAACCGUUGAUGACACAUUUGAGAUUGUCACACUUCCCGGCAGCAAUAUGCAUCUUGAAUUGUCUGGCAUUUUGUACAUUGGAGGAGUGUUCAAGGACAUGUACUCGAAAUUGCCAUCGGCAAUUUCCUCGAGGUCUGGCUUUGAGGGUUGUUUAUCCUCGCUAGACUUGGGCGACACUUCACCCUCUCUGACGAGCGAUGCUGUUGUGCCAAGUUCCUUGGUUGUUUCCGGAUGUGAAGGACCGACAAAGUGCAGUCAGAAUGCUUGCGCAAAUCGUGGCAUAUGUGUACAACAAUGGAAUGCCUAUGCAUGUGAAUGCGAUAUGACAUCUUAUACUGGACCGACUUGCUAUGAUGAAUCGAUUGCUUAUGAAUUUGGUGCCAACAAAGGAAUUAUUCAGUACACCUUCCCAGCUGGACUUCAACCAGACACCGAGGAGGAUAACAUUGCUCUGGGAUUCAUCACAACAAAAUCGGAUGCUGUAUUGCUGAGGAUGGAGAGUGCCACUACACAGGAUUACAUGGAGCUUGAGAUUGUGGAAGGAAACAUUUUUAUGGUCUACAAUAUUGGAACACGCGACUUGCCCCUCGGGGAGAUAACAACCAAAGUCAACGACAAUAACUACCAUGUGGUGCGAUUUAUCCGCAACGGGGGUAAUGCGUCUCUUCAGCUGGAUGAUUACAAUGUUCAGACAGUUCAUCCCCAAGGUCAUCAGUCAACAGUAUUCAAUACAAUGACAAACAUACAAGUCGGUGGCAAAUAUAGUCGUUCGGGUCGAUUUCGAAUUGAACGACCAUUUGCCGGAGUUAUAGCUGGAUUGUCCAUCAACAAACUACGCAUAUUGGAUCUUGCCGUUGAACGCGACCCACACAUUACGAUACGAGGAGAUGUACAAUUGGUAACUGGAGUAUUAGAUAGAAAUGAUCUGCAAAGAAUGCAGCAGACACCAGCCAGUGGUUAUCCAGGUGCAAUGGAUGAUCUUAUAUUUUCUGGAGCUGGAUCUGGCUGUAGAGGAGAUGAUGAAGAUGAAUGUACUCCGCCAUUUGAAUCAGGAAGUGGUGAUGAUUUGAUUACUCCUGUUUAUGUUCCACCGACAAAACAACCAACAAGUCCACAAAAAGGUGUCCUAGAUAAAGGUGACACAAGUGUAACCGAAAGAACAUGUGAUGAUGAAGACUGUUUGCAUGGAUCUGGGGAUUAUGGUGAAACUACAGAACAGUUUACAUCAACAACAUCAACUAAAGGAACAGAAUCUAUAGUUGACACUUCAAGUUCCACAACUACCACUGGUACCUCAAAGAAACCAGAUGCCGUACUCACUACUGAAACCCAACACACUACAGCUACUAGCAAAGCCGAGCCCGAAACAACCAGCACAAUUCACGACACAACUAUCGCCGUUACCACAACUGGAGUCAAGACAACACCAUACCAAACCACAGCAAUUGUCACAACUCCCCAAGGUACAACCACAACAACCACCACUCACCACCAAGUCCACACCUCGCCCCCAGAACGGGAAACAACACCCUACGACAUCAGCCAUACCGUUCCCGAAACUCCUGACAAAACUCCAACAACCGAAAUCGAAGAAGUUCCAUUACCACCUCCACCACCACCGCCCGAACCGGAACCGGAAAUACCACCUUACAACUAUCAGCCCAUACCGCCACCAGCACCGCCAUACAACAACAAUGUUUACAGACCAAAGAGCAAAAGUGGCCGAAUCAAUUCAAUCGAAGAGGAACGCACUGCCAUGAUUAUCGGAAUAGUAGCAGGCAUCCUAAUAGCAGUUGUCCUAGUUAUCCUGCUCGUCCUGUGGCUAAAGUCCAACGGCGACCGCAACUACAAAACCGAAUCGGAAAAGGCUGCAGCUUACGGAAGUCACAAUCCGAAUACGGCUCUUUUGGGUAACACUAGCACAAAUGGAUCAUAUCACCAACAACGCCAGCAACAUCUCACCAAUGGUCACAAUAAUUUGCCUAGUCAGAGUGACCGUGGAGGUGGGUCGUAUGGAGGCAUGGGCAGUAGCGGGGUUAAUGGGGGAGGUGCAGGAAGUGGUGGUGGUGGUAGCGGCAGUGGCGUCAUAAACGGAACCGACCGUCAACAAUCGACAGCGGGCCUGGUGCAACCCAAACAGAAAAAGCGUGACUCCAAAGAUGUCAAAGAGUGGUAUGUGUAAAAAGUAUAGUCAUAGGAACAGUUAGCAAUAAAAAAAAAUUAUUAAUUUUAAAACAAAACAAACACACCUACAUGAAAAAAUGAAUAAGUUACACCAAGCGAAUAAAGAAAAAAAUAUUGCAUAUUUCCUAGAGUUUAACUAAAACUAAAAAAACAGUUGAGAACAACAACAAAAAAGAAUAUUUCAAAAAAAAAAAUAAGUUUUAAACUAAAAAAUUCAAAUUAUUAACAAAAAAAAAAAUCAAAAAAAUUUAAAACAAAAAACAGAAUCUUAUUCAAAAGGACUUAAGCAAUUUGAUUGAAUUUUUUUCUACACAAAAAGCUUUAAAUACAAAAAAUUACCAAACAACAUCAAACAUCUAAAUAUUA